UUGCUCUUUUAGGUAAUGGAUGGAGCAUUUUCUUCAUGUUGAAUGUCUACUUUUCGGACUGAUUGCUAAACUACUAUGGCCUGUCGAAGAGGAGGAAAUCACAUGCAGUUCCUCUCCUCCAUGUGUUCUUCCAUGGUGAACUGUCAUAAAUCUCCAUCACGUUCAAGUAAAAUUCAUAGCAUUUGCAUGGUGUCGGACUUUUUUUAUCCAAACAUGGGAGGAGUGGAAAGCCACAUCUAUCAAUUGUCACAGUGCCUAAUUGAAAGAGGACACAAAGUUAUCAUUGUCACUCAUGCGUAUGAAGACCGUAAAGGCAUUCGUUACCUCACCAAUGGACUGAAAGUCUAUUAUUUGCCAUUAAGAGUCAUGUACAACCAGUCUACUGCAACAACUCUCUUCCAUAGCCUGCCUCUGCUCAGGUAUAUAUUUGUACGUGAAAGAGUCACCAUUGUCCAUGCCCAUAGUUCGUUUUCUGCGAUGGCUCAUGAUGCCCUGUUCCAUGCCAAGACAAUGCAACUUCGGACAGUUUUUACAGACCAUUCCCUUUUUGGAUUUGCUGAUGUUAGUUCGGUGCUUACAAACAAACUCUUGACUGUAUCACUAUGUGAUACAAACCACAUCAUAUGUGUUUCUUACACUAGCAAGGAAAAUACUGUGUUGAGAGCAGCACUGAAUCCUGAAAUAGUUUCUGUCAUUCCUAAUGCCGUUGAUCCUACUGACUUCACUCCAGAUGUAUCUAGAAGAGAUAAAAGCACAAUAACUGUUGUUGUUGUGAGCAGGCUCGUAUAUAGAAAAGGUAUAGAUUUGCUUAGUGGUAUAAUUCCUGAACUUUGUCAGAAGUAUCCAGAUUUACAUUUCUUAGUUGGAGGAGAAGGACCAAAAAGAAUUGUAUUAGAAGAGGUACGAGAAAGAUUCCAGCUGCAUGACAGAGUCCGUCUCCUGGGAGCUUUAGAACAUCAGGAUGUUAGAAAUGUCUUGGUUCAGGGACACAUUUUUCUCAACACUUCUCUCACCGAAGCAUUUUGCAUGGCAAUUGUGGAAGCUGCCAGUUGUGGUUUACAGGUGGUGAGUACAAGGGUUGGUGGGAUUCCCGAGGUGCUGCCAGAUAAUUUUAUAAUCUUAUGUGAACCUUCUGUGAAAUCUCUCUGUAAUGGUUUGGAAAAGGCGAUUCGUCAACUGAAGUCGGGAUCGCUUCUACCUUCAGAAAUAAUACACAACAAUGUUAAAACUUUCUAUACUUGGAAGGAUGUUGCAAAGAGAACUGAAAAAGUGUAUGACAGAGUGGCAGGCGAAACUGUAUUACCAAUGGGCAAACGACUUGACAGACUAAUCUCUCACUGUGGCCCAGUGACCGGCUGCAUUUUUGCUCUCUUUGCUGUGCUCAGCUUUCUUUUCCUGAUCCUCUUGAGGUGGCUGACACCAGAUUACCUUAUUGAUGUUGCAAUAAAUGCUACAGGAGAAAACGGGGCAUGGACUCGACAAUAUUUCCCCAAUAAAAACAAAAAAGAGAAGACUUCGUUCUGUUAAAGACACAUCUGGAAACUGCUUUCAUGCUGCACGGAUAAGGCCAAGAGAGCCUCCCUAUCUCCAGGGUGCAACAAGGAGAAGGUUGGAAGCUUCUGCUUUUAUUUUAAAAAAA